AUGAGGAGCAAGCGGCUGUGCCUGUGCGCUGCCGUCUGCUGGCUCCUCCUCGUACCACUCUUGGGCCCGUUCUCCGCGGCCGGGCGAUACGAUUCCAUCUUCAGCUUCGGCGGCUCCUCCUCCGACACCGGCAACAACCUCGUCGUCUUCCCCUCCAGCGCCCGCGCCGACUACGUCCUGCGCCCGCCCUACGGCUCCACCUUCUUCGGCCGCCCCACCGGCCGCUGCUCCGACGGCCGCCUCGUCGUCGAUUUCAUCGCGCAACACCUGGGCCUGCCGUUCGUCCCGCCGUCGCUGGCGCACAACGGAAGCUUCCGCCAUGGCGCCAACUUCGCCGUCAGCGGCUCCACCGCUCUCGACGCCGCUUUCUUCCGCCGCCUGCUUCCCCGCACCAGGAAGCCUCUCAACACCAGCCUGGGCGUGCAGCUGCGGUGGUUCGAGUCUCUCAAGCCUUCGCUCUGCGGCACAACCCAAGAGUGCGAAACGUUCUUCAGCAGAUCGCUCUUCGUCGUGGGGGAAUUCGGGACCAAUGAUUACGGCAUCUUCGUCGAGAACGGCGCGGCAGGGAUGGCGCUAGUUCCAGAUGUCGUCGGUGCCAUCUCCAUGGCCGUCGAGAGGCUCAUCAAGCACGGGGCGACGAGUUUAGUGGUGCCUGGGGUGAUCCCGUUGGGAUGCGUCCCCAAGAUCCUCACCGGCGACUAUUGCCUCCAAGAUUACAACAAGCUAGCGACGCACCACAACUUGCUGCUGCAGGAGGCCCUGGACAAGCUCCGGGUCAGGCACCCCGGCACCACCAUCGUCUAUGCCGACCAAUUCGGCCCCGUCAUGGACAUGAUGGAGUCGCCUGCCAAGUUCGGUCUUGAAGAGGACGCUCUUCUUACCCCGUGUUGUGGAGGGCCCGGCACGCUUCUCUGUGGUGACGACGGUGGAAACCUAUGCCAGAACCCGUCGUCUCGCCUUUUCUGGGACGGUGUCCACCUCACGGAGGCAGCUUACCACUACAUGGCUCACCUCUUGCUUCUCAGCAUAGACGACACCACUGUAAGAGGGGCUAGCUACAGUUUGUAA